GCGGAAGUGCAUUUACCGAAUCGAAAUAGGUUCUUCCGCUUUUAUCUACAUCUGGACUAGUCUACUACUUGAUUUUUACAAUGAGAUUAGAUGAAAUGCUACACAUGAAGCGUUCUCCCUGGUACGAGCGGCUCCACAGCUGAACAGUUUAAACUCAGGCGUGUUCGGUUUAGCUGACUCGUUGGGUAACUACUAUGCUACAAACUGGAGAUGCUUUAAAAUAUUAAUAAUACUCUGAGCAUGCAUUGAUCUGUGGUGAUCAGCUGCUGUUUGGACUUUAAAGCUGGUUGUUCUUUGAGUAUUGGCGUCAGCAUCAUGGGAGCCGAGCAGAGCGCAGAUUCGGAGCACAAACAUCUCGAUUACAGCUCAUCGGCAGCAGCCCCGUCCCCUGCUAAGCAGAAGGCAAAGAUGGAUGACAUUGUAGUCGUUGCUCAGGGGACUCAAUCCAUGAGAAACAUCCACAACGACCCUGACGUCAUCAAGCUGCAGGAGAUCCCCACGUUUCAGCCUCUAUUGAAAGGAGUGCUGAGCGGCCAGACGUCUCCUAGCAGCCUGAGUCUGGAGAGGCUGGACGCCGCUCAGGUCCUCCAGCUCUGCAUCCGCUACCAAGACCACCUUCACCAGUGUGCCGAGGCCGUGGCUUUUGACCAGAACGCCCUGGUCAAAAGGAUCAAGGAGAUGGACCUGUCAGUGGAAACUCUGUUCAGCAUCAUGCAGGAGCGGCAGAAACGCUACGCCAAGUACGCGGAGCAGAUCCAGAAGGUGAACGAGAUGUCCAUGAUCCUGCGGCGCAUCCAGAUGGGCAUCGACCAGACCGUCCCGCUGAUGGAGCGCCUCAACAACAUGCUGCCCGAGAGCGAGCGCCUGGAGCCCUUCAGCAUGAGAGCCGACGGCGAGGCCGCCACCAAGUAGCCUGACGGGGGCGCCAUGGAGUCCUCUGCGCUGGACGAUGGGGGACGGAAAAAACUCGCCAGGCUGUUAAAAAUGGCACUGAAGCUGAAUGGACGUCCUGUUUGGAUCAUGCAUCCCCUGGGACGUGACGUCUCUACUAAUAAACUGUUCGUACACACAGA